AUGAAGGUUGAAAGGGAUAUGCACCAGGUUGCCUUCAACCUCACCAAACCUCGUGGAAGAGUUGUCGGUGUGGACAUUAUUCCCGCCCAACCCCCAAGAGGAGUGUCCACUAUUCAAGGAAAUUUCCUUUCUCCAAGAGUCCAGGAAUAUGUCAAGGACUUUGUCCGGGAUCCGAACCGCGGUCGACCACGGUCACAGCUACCCGCACUCAGCGAGCAGGGGAAAUCCUCUCCCACUACAGAGCCAGGUGUCAAGACCGAUGGAGGCUAUAUAGAUCUAGAAAGAAGUUCUAGCGCCCAUAUCAAUAAAGGUGAUGGGGCGGCUCCUUUGCCAAUGAUAGCUAAAGUAGGAUCGGUUGAUGUGAUUCUAAGUGACAUGUUAAUGAAUACAAGUGGCACCAAGUCCCGCGAUCAUUUAGGGAGCAUGGUAUGUGUAGAGCUUCCUGAAGAAUUAUGCAACGCGGCACUCGAUUUUGCUUCCAAUGUUUUGAAAGAAGGUGGCCACUUCGUGUGCAAAUAUUAUCAGGGGCCUGGGGAAAAGGACUUUGAAAACGAGUUGAAACGGUUAUUCCACAGGGUAUAUCGUGAGAAGCCUGAAUCUUCUCGCAGUGUAAGUCUUCUAUAUCAACUUGUAUUUCUCUACCUCCCAGGACUUGCUAAUGAAUAUGCCCAGGAAUCCAAAGAAGCUUAUUUCAUCGGUAUACGAAGACGAAGCGAAAAGACUCCAAAAAAAUUAGAAUAUCUGGACUCGUUUCGAGCUUAA